AUGCAUAUUAAUUUAAGACAAUAUAAUAGAUUGACCAGAUUGCCUCGGAUGUAUAAAUUGAUAAGUAUUAGUAGAAUGUGGUCAACAGUCUAGAAUUCACAAGAUCAUAAUGAUUGUUUUUCAGCAAUUCAGGAUUUGAUAAAUUUGAAUUCCACCACUGUGAGAGUGCUCAAGUUUUUUGGAACUGUUCUUGUAUGUGUACAUAUCAUGGGUUGUCUCUGGUAUCUAGUUGCUAAACUGAAUGACUUUGGUCCAAACACUUGGGUAUAUGAAUUGGAUUUACUGAACAAAAGUGAAUAUGAAUUGUACUUAACCUCCAUCUAUUGGGCUGUAGCUACUAUUUGCACAGUGGGAUUUGGAGACAUCCAUGCUUUCAAUGACACUGAGAGAAUUGUGUGUAUAUUUUGGAUGUUCUUUGGAGUUGGAUUCUAUUCAUUCACAGUUGGUUCACUCUCCACUUUGAUGGGUACUUUGGAUACCAGAGAAUCUCAUCUGCAGAGCAAGAUCACUUUCAUGGAUGAGUUCUGUGAAGAAACCAAAUUGUCCCUAUAGAUGAAACACAAAAUCAGGAAGGUCUUGGAAUACAAUUCGAUGAUUAACAUAUUCUCAUCUGCAGAAGUGGAUGAGUUUCUAUCCGAAAUACCCACCAAUCUCAAAUAUUAAAUUGCCCAAGCCAUGUAUGCUGGUCUCAAAAAUAGAGUCUCCUUCUUUAAGAACAAGGAUUCAGUCUUCAUCUCCACUCUCAUUCCUAAGUUAUAACCUUUGAAAAUAAAUGCUGGAGAAUUUGUGUACAACAAGGGAGAAUAUCCUAAUUAAGUAUAUUUCAUUGUCAACGGCAGAGUCAAUAUGGUUAUUGGAGUCUAUUCAAUCACCUUUAAAACAUAUGUAACAGGUAGUUAUUUUGGGGAAAUUGAAAUAUUUGAUAACAGUGCACGCUUUCAUUCAGCCAGAGCUGAGUUGGAAUGUGAAUUGUUGGCCAUUGAAUAGGAUGUAUUUAAAAAAAUAUUGCAAGCAUUUCCAGAAUAUUUUGAAGAAAUUAAAACAAUCUCCUUAGAAAAAUUAAAGAGAGAAAAAGAGGCCAUUGAAAAACUGUAGGAUUUAACUGGACUCUCAUAAACCUCUGAAUUCUUUAACAAGAAAAGAACUCAAUCCAUCUAUAAAUCAAUUAAAUAGAGAGAAUCCGUGCAAUUCAUAGAUUACAGUGAAGAAUCAGAAUAAGAUAUGAAAUCAAUGAGAUCCAGCAAAUUUGGCUUCUUCAAAAAGAAAACCAAUCAUUUGAUGCCCGAAGAAUCUCUCACUACUCGAUUACAUACUCAAGAAGAUACUUCUUAAAAGAACCUUGUAGCUUCAGAUAGUAGCCACAAAAAAAAUGAAGAACUUGAAAAAGUAAUCACUUUGCCCAUUCCAGAUUAAGUCAAAAGAUAGAGUGAACAUAAAAUUAAAUUAUAUGGAGAAGUACCAAAUCCUAUUUCACAAUUUAACGAAGAUACUGAUUAAUCUCAAUAACAAAAAAGUAUUCAAAGAAUCUAAAGUGAAGAACCAACUCGGCCUUCUAAACCUAAAUAAGUUAGAUAUAUUAGCCAGAAUCUCAGAUGCAGUCCAAAGAGAAAUGACAAUCGAAAACCAUCCAUCUAGAUUAAUUCCACUAAUGAAAAUUCAAACUCCGAUACUCCAUUUAUCUCUUCAGUCAGGUCUAACUUCAUCAAACCUUCCAUUAAAAUUGAUGAAGUGUCUCAUGAAUCAGAAGGGUCAAAUAAAAACUCUCCUAAAAUGCCCAUACUUUCUCAAAAUGCCUUAUCUCCUUAGAAUUCCCCCAGAAGAAAUUCUAUACCCUCGAGAGUUCCAAAACCAUCUCCUUUUCAAACUCAACAAUCUAUUUUCAAAGCUGCUAGCAACCAAUAUAUUGAGGCAAGUAAACUUAAGAAUUUGCCCAGAUUGGGUGGAUUCAGAAGGACAUAUAGAAAAGAAAGGGAAAUCGAAGUCUUAGAAGAAACAAUUGAAAAUGAAGAUUAUACUUAAUUGCAAUCAAAAUUAGUGGAGUUGUUGGAGAAGAUUAAGAAAUAGAAGGAAGAAUAAAAAACAAAAAAGUAAAAGAUCUAAUUCAAUAUCAUAAAUCCAUUGCCUAAAAGGAUUGUUUUGCAAUAAAAAGAUUCCAUUAGUAUUUCAGAUUUACCAGAUGUUGAAAAAUAAUAAUUAGAUAGUAAUAGUAGUGGUAUAUUAGAAUGA